GCUCAAAAGGCAAAGAAGCUCGCCCUAAACGAACGAACGCACGAACGCAGAAGAAGUUUCUUUUUGUGUUUUUUUCUAAUCUUGAAGAUGCGUUCAUCUCUUAAAUUGCUGGCCCUGGGCCUUUGCAUUAUCAGUGUGUGGCACAUUGCUGCAGCUAAGCUGGAGGAGAAGUUCGCGUGGAAACAAUUGAUCUUCGACUGGCCAAGUGCCGAGGCGGAGCAACAGGCCAUUAGAAGCGGCCACUAUGUGGUUGAGAACAAUCUGCCAUUGGGCGUGGAGCGCUGGCAAGACAAAAUCUUUGUCACUGUGCCAAGAUGGAAGGCCGGCGUAGCCGCCACACUGAACUACAUUGAUUUGUCAACCACGGAGAAGUCUCCGAAGCUGCGUCCAUAUCCCAGCUGGGAGGCCAACAAACUGCCCAUCGAUGUGCAGCCGCAGGAUCAGAAGACGCCCUCGGGCGGGCGCCUUGAUGCCGAGAAGGCCAAGGAUGCUGGUGUGGAAUUGCGCGAUAAUUCGACAAUUAUAUCGACAUUCCGCAUUCAAGUCGACCAGUGCGAUCGUUUAUGGGUCCUGGACACUGGUCUGGCCGAUAUUCUGGGCAGUCCCAAGCAGAUAACGCCCAACGCUAUAUUGGUGUUCGAUCUGAAGACCGACAAGCUGCUGCGUCGCUUCACAAUACCCGCUGCUCAGACCAAGGAGGACACAUUCUUUGCCAAUAUUGUUGUCGAUAGCGAGCGCUCGGAGUGCAACGAUGCCUUCGCCUAUGUGCCCGAUUUGGGAGCUUAUGGCGUCGUCGUUUACUCCUUCCGGGACAACAAAUCGUAUCGAGUGAAGCACAACUUCUUCCACUUCGAUCCCCUGCAGGGAGACUUUAAUGUGGGUGGCGUUAAUUUCCAAUGGACCGAUGGCGUCUUUGGCUUGGCUGUGGGUCCCAUGCAGCCCGAUCACUCGAAGGACAUUUACUUCCACGCCUUGGCCAGCACCAAGGAGUUCAAGGUCUCGAACCGUGUGCUGCAAAACGAAAGCCAUGUGACUGGCGGCGAUUCCUACUAUGAUUUUAAAUAUGUCGGCGAUCGCGGCAUGAAUGGACAGUCAACCGCGGAGGUGUACGACAAGGAGACAGGUGUUCUCUUCUAUACUCAAGUGAAUAAGGAUGCCAUUGCCUGCUGGAAUGUGAAGCGUCCAUACACUGCGGAUACGCAGGGGCUCAUCGAUUCCGAUUCGCACACCUUGGUCUUUCCCAACGACAUGAAAAUCGAUACGGAAGGCACUGUCUGGGUCCUAUCCGAUAAGAUGCCCACAUAUCUGUACAAGGAACUGGAUCCGUCCACUGUUAACUAUCGCAUAUUGAUGGGAAAGAACCGCGAUCUAAUUAAGGGAACACCUUGUGAGAUGUAGUUGGUGAUUGAUGUGCGUAUUUUAAUGUUUUUUAUAUAUACAUAUGACAUUGUUUUUGGGCCUUAAAACUUUUCUUAAUAAAGAUGUGACAAAAAGUGUAAGUAACAACAGAA